CAGAGGCAACGGCGGCGUGGACAACUCUAGCCAGCGGCCGCCCAGUUCUCCCGGCCGCCUGGCCUGCGCCCGCCUCACCCGGCGCCGGUGUCGGAGGCGAUCCACGCGGGUGCGCGGCGGGGCCGCGGGGGCAGAGGACCAGCCUCCGCCAGGAGCCGGCUGGGGCGGCGUCCCACGGGAAGAUGAGCGGCAGCAGCGCCAGGUCCAGCCACCUGUCCCAGCCCGUGGUGAAGAGCGUGCUGGUGUACCGCAACGGGGACCCGUUCUUUGCGGGGCGCCGCGUGGUCAUCCACGAGAAGAAGGUAUCUAGCUUUGACGUCUUCCUGAAGGAGGUGACCGGCGGCGUUCAGGCGCCCUUCGGGGCCGUCAGGAACAUCUACACCCCGCGGACGGGCCACCGCAUCCGAAAGCUGGACCAGAUCGAGAGCGGGGGCAACUACGUGGCGGGGGGCCAGGAAGCCUUCAAGAAACUCAAUUACUUGGACAUAGGAGAAAUCAAGAAAAGGCCAAUGGAAGCUGUUAAUACAGAGGUAAAACCAGUGACCCACAGCAGGAUCAAUGUGUCCGCCCGCUUUAGAAAACCCCUCCAGGAACCCUGCACCAUUUUCUUGAUCGCCAACGGAGACCUCAUAACUCCGGCGUCUCGCCUCCUCAUCCCCAGGAAAGCCCUGAAUCAGUGGGACCACGUGCUGCAAAUGGCCACGGAGAAAAUACCCCUCAGGAGCGGGGCUGUCCACAGACUCUACACCCUAGGAGGGAAGCUGGUGGAGAGCGGGGCAGAGCUGGAGAGCGGGCAGUUCUACGUGGCUGUCGGCAGAGACAGGUUCAAGAGGCUGCCCUACAGCGAGUUACUGUUCGACAAGUCAGCGAUGCGCAGGCCUUAUGGUCAGAAAGCUUCUUCACUACCUCCUAUUGUAGGACCCAGAAAGUCUAAAGGGAGUGGAAAUGAUCGCCAAUCUAAGUCAACAAUUGGGUCCAGUGACAACUCAUCUCCUCAGCCUCUGAAGAGGAAAGGGAAAAAAGAAGACUCAAAUUCAGGGAAAUCAAGGAAGGCGAAACAGAACGUGAAGUUGAAGAGCGCACAACAGGUGCCACCUGACGGCGAUGAAGGCAUUUUCAAAGCUGGAGAAGAGAGGUCGGAAAUGCGGGGGGCAGCCGAAGUCCAAGAAGAUGAAGACACACGGGUUGAGAUCCCAGUCGAUCAGAGACCGGCAGAAAUCGUUGAUGAGGAAGAAGAUGAGGAGAAAACCAACAAUGAUACAGAACAGAAAGAAGACUUCUCAGAGAUGAAUGGCGAAGUCAGAGAGGAGGCCGGUGGGGAGGCUGCCCAUGCCCCUGAGCAAGUGGAGGAGAUCCCAGAUCACAGUGAGGAGAACACGGGUCCUGCUCGGGCCAACGGAGGCACCGAUGAAGAAAAUGGCGAGGAACUGGACCAGGUUAAUAAUGAGCUCCAGCCGGCAGUGGAGGAGGAAAGACAGUCUCCAGGGGGUGCUGACAGUGGACAAGAAGAGGCUGAUGUGGACCCUCAAAAGCCACCGAGGCCAGAAGUAAAGGUCACUAGUCCUCAGGAAAAUGGGAGCAAUGAGCAAAACAAGGACUAUGCUGUGGUGGCCUAGAUGAUGACCGAGAGCGUGCAUCCAGAGUAUGAGAAUGAAGGUGUGACCCCUGAAUAGCAAGCGCAUCCUUAGCGCCAAACGUGAAGUGACUGGACGGUCGAAUCCUACCCGUGGAAUUUCACAUCUAGAGGACUCAGGGCAAGGCCAGCAGACCCUCGGUAGCUACUAAGGAGAAUGACAUGUUUUCGUCACAUGUGUUUUUAUGUCAUGUAGAAGAUUUAAACAAGAGGGACAGAGAAGAAUCUGCAGUGGACAGUUGGCCACUUAUGUUCAUAAGGAUACAAAGAUGGACUCACUCCCACUGCAUACCUUAUUGUAAAUUUAGGAAUGAGAUUAGGAGACAGCAGUUUGUUCUAAAGCAUUUAUCCCAGAAAGCAUAGAAUCUUAAAGAACUGGCAAUAGGAAAGCGUGUAUUAUUUUCUGAAAGCAAUAAACUUUUGAAUGAAAAAAGUUGCAGCUUAGUUCCCGAGGUCACUUGGACAUGGCAGGAGAAUGACAUUUCCUUGGUCUUCCUCCCUCUUAAGCCAGACUCUACCUCGAGUGCAUUCCAAAGGCACCCACUUGGGUAGGAGGUAGCAUUCAGUGGGAGCGUUGCAGGUGGGCACUGGGCGGCAGGCCCAGGAACUUCCCAGGGUGCCGGGCAUGGUGGUGUUCAGGAAGGCCUGCUCCUGCUGCCCAGCAAAUUCUGGAAGUCCCGUGGAUUUCCACGGGUCCUGUCUACCUUCACCUGUAGGAUGCUUUUCCCCCUCAUGUUAUUGUAUUGGAAAACCCAAAAUUGGUUAUUCCAAAAUUCGUCCCAGAUUUUCGGUUUUCUCUCUUUCUCCUUUCUUCCCCCACUUUGCUGCGCGAAAGGAAGACAGUGUCCUAGGAAGAAGGAUGUAGGCUGCAAGAAAAGCUUACGGACACGCAGUUUCACUAGCUUUCUGCUUGAUUUCUAUUAGCACUGUCUUGUGAUAUUUUUGCCCCAGAGAGAUUAGCAAGUAUUUAUUUUCCGAGUUGGCUGUAUUUAGUCUUUUAAACAGAUUCUUUACUAUAUAAUUAGACGCUAUCGGAUAGAAAUAGGUGAAAAAACUUUAAAAAUCAUCAUAAUGGAAACAGUCCCUGAUUGCCACUUUGUGACUGAUUAAUUUCCUUUCUCCUUGUGAGGUGCAUAUGGGGGGUGUAAUUACAUUAGUUUGGUGCUCAUGAUUAGAGAUGAUGUCGGUCUUUCUUUACCCAUAGAAAUAAUAUAUUUUUCCCAUUUUAAAGAAUAUAUUUUUCAUUAUGUAGAAGUUGUGAAUUGGAAAUUUCAACUUCUAGUGCUUUUAUAAGAAUCAUUGUUAAUCAUCAAUUUAAAGGACGACCCCACACCCCAGGUUUCAUAGCCAACCAUUUGGAGUCAGAGUAAUUGGCAGUUAUGUAAAGCACUUUGUAAUACUUGGAAAAUAGGUAUAUUUUUCCUCAUAGCUGUUUUGGUAUCUCCAAGAAAUAGGAAGUACGACAGAGAUUAUGAUGUUGCAGUAUUUCAGGGAGCUCACCACGACACAGGCUGUACCAAUCUGGGGGCGUGAAUUACAGAUGGGGUGCUGUGUUUCUGGUGUAAAAUCUAGGUUGUGCUUCUCCUGGUAAGUGGGCUCCCUUCCUCAGGUGGGCAGCAAAGAUAGCCGUCUCCUGUGGCUGGAAAAGUGGACCAGCUGGCCUUUGGUUGCUCUAGGCAACCUACUUACUCCAGGUUUAGUGACUUUAAACUUGAGACUAAAUAUAAGAGGCUUGAACUAAGUCUCAAGAAACUUCCUUCUCUUUUCUUUUACCAUUGAAGAAUUUCUCUCUCUCUUUUCUUCUUUAAUAAAAAUAUUUUUCUUUUUUUUUCCUUCCCAUUCUUUUCUUCAUUAUACUAUGAAACUUAGGCUUUAGGGAAUUCCUUGUGAAUCAUUUUAAUGAUGAAUGAUAUUGAUAUUUUACAUGAAAAAUAAAAUUUGGAAUUUUAAGUAUACUUUAAGAAGUUAUAGGUCACAAUAACUAUCAAAACAUUUUAAAAACAGGGACAUAUUCUUCUCAUGUGUGUGUAUUUUAACACUUGUUGAUAAAACUGUGACCUACUAUGAAGGAAUGAAUAACUUACCACUUUAAAAGUUGCAAAUAUAUUACUUUAAAAAAUAAAUAAAUGACAUAAGUCAUCUAAUCAAGUAAGAAAUCACUCACAGAGAAUUAAAAUUGUGGAUGUCACUUUGGAUAUGACUUCAGCAUAAAUGUUGAAAGUCAUUUCUAGUCCUGAAUGUGGUAGUUUUCUCUGUGGGAAAGGUGGUCCCCAUGUCAGGCUAGUUCCAAAAAGUAAGACUUUGUGGGGAUUCGGGACCAUUUAUGUGAGUGGAUGGAAGAGAUCUGGGUUAGUCUUCAUGUGCUGUCUUACAGAGACAGGGCGCUAUGAAAAACUCACAUCGCUUUUACAUAGGAACCAAUAUGAUGCUUCAAGAUGUUCUUUGCAAUGCUGGAUAUGCAGAUUUCCUGGUUUUAAUGUCACUCAACUGCUUUCUUAAACUUAUUUGAAUUUUUAAGGCACUUGUGAACAACUGGUUUGUCAGCAGAAUUGGAACAUGAGGAGUUUUGCAGAGCAAAUAAAGAUUUUGACUGAAGUCAUUUUCAGGCUAGGGCUAUGUCCCUGCUUAGCUUCUGUUAGAGUAGCUGCUGAGUGCCCAGGGACUUCUAGUAAUUCCAACAUAUCAUACUGUGGUCAGAGGAAUGGGAUGGCCAUAGGAUGACAUUUAAUUUAAGACUUUUUUUUUCCUUUUCUGGGGGGAGGAGACUGAGACCCAUAGGAAGAAUGUGACAUGAUCACACCUCUUGCUUCAUGCUGUGUCAAUUCUUGCCCUGGGAGUAGAGAAAAACCAUCCCACACACAUGGUUUAGAGCCUGUGUGCAUCUCUGUGGGCUGAGAGUGGUGAAGCCGUCAGAUGAAGUUAACUGCCCCUCCCAGGGCACAGCUCAUCCACCAUCGUCUACAGAAUAUCCACUAGACAACCUGUCUUGUGCACGCAGAUGGAGUUCACGCACUUAGGAAUAAAACCAUGUACCUGAAGCUGUGACUCAGAACCACAGGACGGCUUCUGUAGCUCAUGGACUAACUAAUUCUCCACAGGAAUUAGCUCUGCACUUUCAUCUUUUGAAGAAGUUAAAAAGGUUCAUCGCUGAACAGAAAGCAUCACAUCUGAACUGUUGCCAGUCUGGACAGAAACGUAAUACCUAGAUGGGUCUCAAAUGCUCACGGAGAUGGCCUCGCACACUCUGCGGCAUCCAAAGGGCUCUCAGACACAGACUUGGGCUGAGGCGCUUCUGCAUGAAACUGAGAGCAGCCGUGGGCGCGAGCAUGAGAGGAGAUGCUCAGAAGCACUGGAUACGGUGGUGCUCUAAAUACUGGUUCUGAGAUUCGAAGGAGUUUAAUGUCUUUCUCAAAACAAGAGAUUACCAACAUUUUAGUGAAACGUUUGUUCUAGGAUAGGAUAGGAUUUUUUUUAAAAAAUCACAACUAAACCCAGACAGACAUAGCUUGCUCUCCUGUAGUGAUCGGAGUACAUUCUUGCCAUCAGCUGAAGGAACCACGUGCUUGAGUACAGAGUGCUGCACACCAGCACAGGCUCUGUCAAAAGGCUGAUGCCUGUCGGUGAUGGGUGAUUGACCUGAGUGUGGCCAGGGCCCCUGGGGCCACGGGCAGCACAAACAGACGGAAAGACUGACUACGCUCCACUCAUUUCUGCAAUGUUAGGUCAGUGCAGGCGCAUUGGUGAUCUCCUGUGAUGCGAUAUCCUUCUGGAACGGAAGCAGUUUUUUUUUUUUCCUUAAAGUUCUUUGUUUACUAAAAGCACAUGCGGAGCUUUGAUUUUGAAAAUCAUUUUUGCAAACAUCAUUAGAUUUUUGUUUUUUAGAAAAAUGUCCUGGUAUAUAUAGGUCUGAUGUUUGUUCUUCCCACAUGAAAUGUGUAUAUUUCCUGCCAUGAAGUUUGAGUGACAGAUGGGGAAUGAGAAAGUGUUCCCAUAUGUUAGUGAGGAACAAAAUAUUGUUCUUGAUGAGGCAUAACAUCCUGUAGGAGAUGGGGAAUUAGAAAAGAAUUACAAAAUGUCUGGCUCCUGGAAAGCGUUUAUAAAUCAGGAGGUAACUAAGGGCGCUCCACUGACUUAGCCAGCAAUGGCUGAGCUUUCGCCUACGGAUGGGACAGAUUAAUUUCCUGCAGUCCUGUCAACCUGAACCCCAGAGCUUAAUUGAGUGUUUCAGUUAUUGUCACAAAUGCAGUGACAGAGGGGAAAGGAAGCAAUUAUAGUCAAUUUCAGAAGUUUUGAUUUCUUGCCUCAAUGUUCUUCUUGUGUCUUAAAUCUUUAACAUGUACAAUAAUAAUGGGCGAUUGUUGAUGUCACAAAUAAAGGUUAAGCUGUAAAGGUUAAUAUUUUCAUAGGAUUUAUUAUAUUCAGAUUAUCUCUCUGUAAGGAAAAUUAUUUGUAUUUUAAUCAAAUUAUCAGCAGUUAGCUUUUCAUUUCUGUAUCAGUGCACACUCUAAAAUGCAAAAGUUUUAGCUGUGUCUUUUGAGUAAAUAGAGCUGCCUUUUAUAUAAUUAAAAUUGGGUUUGGAUGGUU